CGUCAUAUAAAACCAACACCUAGCCUUUGUUUACAUCAGAGUCCAGUACAGAUCACAUCAGUGAACGCGUCAGUGCUUUUCAGUUUUUACAUUUGUCUUCCACACCAGCUAGAAGCAGUCAUGGUGGCCAUGACGAAGAGGGUGAAAACCUUUCAAAUCAAAUUUAUGGAUCCCAGCAAGACUUUUUAUUGCGGCGGAGACGAGUUGUGUGGCCGGAUAGAAGUGGAAGUGAACGAGGUGACUCGUGUUUCCGCAGUGAAGGUUCUGGGUCUGGGCUGCGCCAAAGUGGAAUACGCGAAAGGAAAGCAGCGUUGCCGACAGGAGGCCGAGUACCUCCGAUAUGAGCAGGUCCUGCAACUGAACGACCAGCCGACAGAUUCCGAUGGAUCAGUCGUCCUGAGGCCUGGCAACAAAUACGAAUACACCUUUAGAUUUGAGCUCCCGCAGCAAGGGCAGUUGGUAUCGUCAUACAAGGGAAAGUUUGGGUAUGUCCAAUACUAUGUUAAGGCCCUAAUCGAGAGGCCACAUCAGGCCACCCUGGAGUGCAAGAAACCCUUUGAGGUGGAGGAGCCCCUGGAUGUCAAUACUCCAGACCUGUUGUCUCCCACAGGUGGCAUGAAGGAGAAGAAAGUCACCUGCAUGUUCAUCCCUGAUGGCCAGGUGUCACUGAAUGCAAAAAUUGAUCGCCGUGGUUUCUGUGAAGGUGAAGAUAUCUGUAUCAAUGCAAAGUUUGAGAACACCUGCUCACGGAUUGUGGUGCCCAAGGCCGCUAUCAUUGCUAAGCACAUAUACCAGGCUAAUGGGCGUACCAAGGUCUUCCGUAUGCUCUGAUGGUAAGCCUUGAGGUUCGGCUGCACACAACACAUUUUUGGCUGUAAAUUAGGUGUGAAUUUAACAUCAGUGUUAAUGCCUACAUUAUGAUCCUACUUUCAGAUUUAUGUCCACAUCCCUGGAAGUGAGAAGCUGAUCCUGGAGCUGCCAUUGGUCAUUGGUACAGCUGGUCUGGGCAGCCGCAGUAACAGUGUGAGCAGCCAGGAGGGUUCGGUCAGUAAUGCCUCUCAAAGCUGGGUGUCCCUCAGGAUGCCCUCUGGGCCUCCCAGCUACGCCGACAUCACCAGCGACUGCCGCCUGGACCAGCCCCUUACGCCACUCCUGGAUGACUUUGACGGAGACGAGAGCCCCAUCUUCAUGAACGCACCAACCUUUAACUUUCCACCGCCCCCAGUUUAUACUGAGGUUGACGAAGAGUUCAGUGGCAGUGCCCGCAUGCUGCCAGUCUGCUGAAGUCAAGCAGGGAUCAUGAAUAAGUGGUCCAGCUUUCAGGGACUGUUCAUGUAUGGCACUUGAAAAAGAGCAGAAGGUUCAAACUCCAGAGAUGAUGUGAUGGAUGGAGAAGAAAAGCCGGAACUGUGAGGUGGACAAAAAGAUGCUCACCUGUUCUGUCAGCUGUCUUCUCCAGGCUUCAACAGCUAAGCUGAUCUUCUGACUUCGUCCUGGUGCUCCUCAGGUUGUAGAGGUGGAGAUGUAACCACAGAGCCUGUGGAUUGCUACAUUUCUCAAUAAGCUGUUCCUUCCUGAGACUCAAACUGUCUGUGUCUCACUGUCCAUUCACAGCCAUCUUGUGACUUUUUAUAAUUAUUGGGGCCAAGCAUUUGCGUCAGCCCCAGCCUGUUGUGACAUCUUAGCUUUUUUGGGGUUAGUUUUUCAUCAUGAUGAUAUGUCAUUCCAAUUAAACCCCGUAUUUUGUGGGUUUCACUAGAGAAACCAUUCUGUUUGUCACUUAAGUCCAGUCAGUUUGUACUGAUCUAACUAUUUUUGUUGCCUUUGAGAAGUUAAGCAUGUAGGACAAUCCUCCUGGAUAAAUCUCAUGCUGCAUCCAUAUUUCUCCUGUAACAGUGUUGAAAAUUUUGGUUAUUCCUGUAUUAUAUUGCACUUUUUGUUUGACUCAUUUUCUUUCAUUACUGCCUGCAAGAGUUUAUGUUAGUGUGGCUUGAACAAUGAUUGACUUGUGGUGAGCAGAUAAAACACUCCACCUCACAUAUAACUUUCAUUGGCUGUAAAUGUUUUCCAGUGAAAGUGCCAAACAUGAUUGUUACGAAUACAAUGCUCUGAUAUCAUGGAAAGCACCUUAUGUGAGGAUUAUCAUUGUUUAUAAUCAACAGUUGUCCUAGACAACAUUUCAGUGGGAGAUUUCCACUGUGCUGGUUUCACAACUUCUGUUCUCUCAGACGCAAAGAAAGUCACUGUAUGUUUGCAAUGCAUCCUUGAUACUUACAAGUAUUUUUCUAUGACACCCUAUGGGUGGGUUUUUUAUUAAAGAAAUUUGAAAAAGA